CGUCUUCCCCUAAACAAAUAACAACACCCCCUCGAAAACGGUCACCACGUUCGCGUCUAACUACUCCUACACAUUCGAGGCUGACAUCGCCACCUUCUCGUGCAAAGUCGGCAAAGUCCGUUGGUGGGUCGCCUAAAACCCCUAUUGCUUCACAGAGUGAUUUGUUCAAAAUAUUCAAAUCGUGUAAAAAGAAAAGCCCUAAAAGUAUCAUCAAAAAAGAGAUUUUGAAAUUGGACGUGAUUGCAAACGAUUGGAUUUGUCCGGCUACUCCAUCGAAGGGAAAAAAGAACAAAUUUCAGUGCGAUCGAUUUAUUCCAGUACGUGAAACAAUGGGAGAACCAUCGGAACAAUUAAGAAUACCCCAAAGAGAAUCUGGCAAGGAACAAUAUUUGAACAGUAAUGAACUUGAAUAUCAGGAAAAAUUAGCAGAAGCAUGUGGUGUUUCUCUCGAAAAACGUAUUUUAGCAUUCAAUCUCCAACCUCCGUCGAGCCAAAAAGAUGAUCUACGUCAGUUGUAUAACCAACCAAUGAAACUUUCUACAAUUCAAUUUAAAAGACGUAUAUUGACAUCACCGGAACGUGUUCUUGAUGCGCCAGGCUUAUUGGAUGAUUAUUAUUUGAAUUUAUUAGAUUGGAGUAUCAAAAACAUGGUUGCAAUUGGACUGGAUCAAUGCGUUUAUAUUUGGAACGCUGAUACUGGAGGCGUAACAAGUCUUGAACGAACUAAUCCAAGCGAUUACAUCGCUAGUUUAUCAUGGUCUUACAAUGGUGAUUAUUUAGCUGUAGGAACAAGCGAUGGUGAUAUUCAAAUUUGGGAUGUUUUAAAAGAGCAAAAAAUUAGAUCUAUGUUGGGACAUACAGCACGUGUAGGAGUAAUAACAUGGAAUAAACAUAUCAUCUCUUCUGGAUGUAAAGAUGGAAAUAUUUGGCAUCAUGAUACCAGAGUUGCUCAACAUAAAGUAGCUGAGUUGAUUGACCAUACUAGUGAAGUUUGUGGAUUAAAAUGGAACUCUAACGGCGAUCAAUUGGCGAGCGGGGGUAACGACAAUCGGGUGAAUAUUUGGGACGCAAGAGCAAGCACUCCAAGAUUAACAAAAAACAAUCAUGUUGCUGCUGUAAAGGCUUUAGCAUGGUGCCCUUGGCAAAGUCAUAUUCUUGCUUCAGGAGGAGGUUCUUAUGAUCGGCAUAUUCAUUUCUGGAACGUGAGCUCUGGCGCUCGUGUAAAAUCUAUUGAUACAGGAUCUCAAGUGACUUCGAUCAUUUGGUCCAAAGAUUUUAAAGAACUUUUAUCAACUCAUGGAUUUCCGAAUCAUAAUAUGACGAUUUGGUCUUAUCCUACUCUAAAUAAAACUGCCGACAUUCCAGCUCAUGAAUCUCGUAUCUUACACUCGACUAUCAGUCCUGAUAAUCAAGUAGUUGCCACGGCAGCAAGUGAUGAGAAUUUGAAAUUUUGGAGGGUAUUUCAAAACGCAAGAAAAAAUGAAAAAUCUAAAAACAGUGAUAAAGAAAAUACAGGAUCUGUCUUUGGCGGAUGUACAAUUCGUUAAGCGGACGGACAAAGUUAUUAAUAAUGAUAAAUAAAAUGAAUUUUUU